AUGGCGCCCAAAGAACUCAACUUCAUCACCGGCAACAAGAACAAACUCGCAGAAGUGCAGGCGAUCCUCUCCGCGACGCCGGUCAAGCUCCAGAAUCAGAAUAUCGAUCUGCCCGAACUACAAGGCACGAUUGAGGAGAUUUCGAGGGAUAAGGCGGUUAGGGCCGCUGAGGCUGUGAGAGGGCCGGUUUUGGUCGAGGAUACGUGUUUGUGUUUCAAUGCUUUUAAUGAGUUGCCGGGGCCUUAUGUGAAGUGGUUCCUUAAGGCUCUUGGGGUGCAGGAGUUCCAUAAGCUGCUUGCUGGGUUCGAGGAUAAGUCUGCGCAAGCGGUUUGCACGUUUGCGUACUGUGAAGGUCCGGGACAUGAGCCGAUUGUGUUCCAAGGUCGGACGGAUGGCAAGAUCGUGCCGUGCAGAGGACCGACUGAUUUUGGUUGGGAUGCGUGCUUCGAGUACGAAGGCCAGACGUACGCUGAGAUGCCCAAGGUGGAGAAAAACAAGAUCUCGCAUCGCGGCAGGGCUCUGGAGAAGCUGGUCGAGUGGUUGAAGCAGGAGGUGUAG